GUCAAAUACUCAGCAUUCAAUCCCCAUUCCGGCCCCCUCAGAGAUCCAUCAAUCUCAUUAAAUCUAACAAAAUGAAGAAAAGGGUCUCUCCAAUGGCUUCUCUCUUCUUCAUUUCAGCUUUAGCAGCCGCUUUUCAUUCAUCAUCUGAAGCAGCAGCUAGUUCACAAUCUCCAUUUGAAGACAACUUCAGUAUAAUGUGGUCCGAAAAUCAUUUCAAAACCUCUGAAGAUGGUAACACCUGGUUCCUCUCCUUAGACAAAGAAACAGGGUGUGGAUUUCAAACCAAGCAAAGAUAUAGAUUUGGGUGGUUCAGUAUGAAACUGAAGUUAGUCGGAGGUGAUUCUGCUGGCGUUGUUACAGCUUACUAUAUGUGUUCUGAAAAUGGGGCAGGACCAGAACGAGAUGAACUGGAUUUUGAGUUCUUGGGGAAUAGGACAGGACAGCCGUAUUUAAUUCAGACAAACGUGUAUAAAAAUGGGGUCGGUGGUCGUGAAAUGAGGCAUAUGCUUUGGUUUGAUCCUACUGAAGAGUUUCAUUCUUAUUCCAUUUUGUGGAAUGACCACCAAAUUGUAUUCUUCGUAGAUAGAGUUCCGAUCAGAGUAUUCAAAAACAACGGCGAGAAAAACUAUUUCUUCCCCAACGAGAAGCCGAUGUACUUAUUCUCCAGUAUAUGGAACGCUGAUGACUGGGCGACUAGAGGUGGGCUCGAGAAAACCGACUGGAAAAAAGCUCCGUUCGUUUCAUCUUACAAGGAUUUUAGCGUCGAUGGGUGCCAAUGGGAAGACCCGUACCCUGCUUGUGUAUCGGCUACUACUAAGAAAUGGUGGGAUCAAUAUCAGGCUUGGCAUUUAACUGAUUCUCAAAAGAUGGAUUUUGCUUGGGUACAAAGAAACCUUGUGAUUUAUGAUUAUUGUAAGGAUACUGAUCGGUACCCUAAAUUGCCUGUGGAGUGUUCGUUGAGUCCUUGGGGUUAGGAUUUUUAAGGAGCUAUCAUCAGGUGAGAUUUUUUUUUGGUAUUUUAUUUAUUUAUUUUCGAAAUGGAGUUAAAUAAUGUAAUUAUUAUUUAUUUACUCUUAUGAAAUUAGAACUGAGAGGUUUGCAUA